AUGGCCAGCUACGAAAACCCUGACGAUUGGGAACUAAUAACCGACGAUGGGUACGUCUACAAGCGCAGGAAGCGCCUGCGCCUCGAUCCCGGCAGCACCGCCACUACCUCCUCCGUGCCACCCCUGCCGGAUCCGGCGGCGGAGAGGAGGCACCGCCGCGAGCGGAAGAAGAACGCUCUUUCAAAGCUGAGGGAUAAGUAUUUGAUGGAAAUCACUCGGUGGGAACUUUUAUCGAACACGUUGAGAGAAAUGAAGCAAAAUGCCCAAACGCAGUCACUGAAGCAGAAUCAAGAGUUGGAUCACACGACGACGUCGUAUGGUGCGGCCUCGAGCUCGGAAGAUGCUGGUUCGGGUUCAGAUUCCACUCGCCGGAGAUUAGUUGAUGAUCUUCUCGCUCAGGUUGAAGCACAGGAAGCCAUAAUUGGGGAUGUUUCGAGUUUAUGUGAUAUAGCAGAGGCAUUAUGCAGUGCAGAGGAGGAAAGAUUGAAGCAGAAGCUUACCGAUUUACCGAUUUGGGAUCCGACUCCUCAGGAGCUAAUGGCUGCAUUAGGUAACAAUACUAGUCCUUAA